AUGGCUGCCACCGUCCUGCCCCAGAAACGUGUUUUCGGCGAAGCUUCCAACACUCGCCGGAACAUCCCCGCCACUCCGGCCUCUGCAAAGAAACGCAAGCUCGAGGGAUUCUCCUCCCCUGCCGGCCGUGUAUCUGCUUCUCAAAAUACCAAGUUUGGCUCCAGUCAGCCUAAGAGUGCAUUCGAGUCAGAAGUGCUCGAGAAACUCAGCCAAGACAUCUCCGAUCUCAAGCAAAACAACACCGAAAAGGAUCAAGCAUGGGAUCGCCCACCCGUUCCAAAGGACUUUCACCCUAAGAAGGACAGCCUCUGUUUCCAGCAGAUCGAGGCAGAGGAGGGAACUCUGCAUGGCGGCCAGGCAACAGUCAAGCUGUUUGGUGUCACGGAACAUGGCAACUCAGUCCUACUUCACGUCAAGGACUUCAAGCACUACCUAUAUGUAGCUGCCCCCUCAUCCUUCCAACCUCAGGACUGCCCAACAUUCCGAGCCUAUCUGGAAACCCAGGUGGCGCAACACCAGCCUGUCAUCCAUUCGGUCCAGAUGACCAUGCGCGAGAACAUAUACGGUUUCCAGAACAACACCCAGAACCCAUACCUCAAGAUCACGGUCACAGACCCAAAGUUCAUCAACAAGGUUCGGACAACAAUUGAAAGCGGCAAUGCGAACUGGAAGGGACUAUGGAAACACGAUGGAGGCAUCAUGACUUUUGACAACAUUCAGUUUGUCCUUCGUUUCAUGGUUGACUGCCAUGUCGCCGGUAUGGCCUGGGUUGAAGCUCCAGCCGACAAGUAUCGGCUAGUCCACGACUCUCUGCGACAGUCAAACUGCCAGAUCGAGGCCGAGAUUAGCUACACGGACCUCAUUGCCCACAAACCGGUCGGAGAGUGGUCCAAGAUGGCGCCCCUCAGGAUCUUGUCCUUUGAUAUCGAGUGUGCGGGGCGGAAGGGCAUCUUUCCUGAAGCCAAUCACGACCCUGUCAUCCAGAUCGCCAACGUUGUCACCCGAUACGGAGAGAAGAAGCCCUUCGUUCGGAAUGUCUUCUGUCUAGACCGAACGAGCCCGAUCGUAGCGACACAGAUCCUCGACUUUGAACGAGAGGAGCGGAUGCUGAUGGCCUGGCGCGACUUUCUCAUCAAGUCUGACCCGGACAUCAUUACCGGAUACAACAUUGCCAACUUCGAUUUUCCGUAUCUGCUGGAUCGAGCAAAGCAUCUCAAAGUGGCCGGUUUCGAACACUGGUCCCGAAUCCCGACCAUCAAGUCUGUCUCUAAGGAGACCAACUUCUCGAGCAAACAGAUGGGCAAUCGAGACACAAAGGCGACCAACAUCAACGGACGCCUUCAGCUUGACCUCUUGCAGCUCAUUCAACGAGAUCACCAACUCCGAAGUUACACUCUCAACUCCGUCUGUUCAAAUUUCCUCGGCGAACAGAAAGAGGAUGUUCACUACACUAUGAUCACGGAACUCUUCAACGGUACACCAGAAUCCAGACGACGUUUGGCACUCUACUGUCUCAAGGAUGCGUAUCUUCCACAGAGAUUGAUGGACAAGCUCUCGUGUCUCGAGAACUACACUGAGAUGGCAAGAGUCACAGGCGUGCCUUUCAACUUCCUUUUGUCCCGCGGCCAGCAGGUCAAGUUCAUCAGCCAGCUUUUCCGGAAGGCCCUCGAACAGAAAUUGGUCAUCCCCAAUCUUCGAGCAGAAAGUUCCGAGGAUCAAUAUGAAGGUGCUACAGUCAUCGAGCCCAUCCGUGGCUACUAUGACGUCCCCGUCGCCACUCUCGAUUUCGCAUCUCUGUACCCCAGUAUUAUGCAAGCCCACAAUCUGUGCUACACGACUCUGCUCACAAAAAAGGCAAUCGACUCCUUCAACCUCAAGAAAGACGAGGAUUACAUUGUGACACCCAACGGAGACAUGUUUGUCACCAUUAAGCAGAGGAAGGGUCUUCUGGCUCAGAUUCUCGAAGAGUUGCUCUCCGCGAGAAAACAGGCGAAGCGGGAGCUGGCUAUCGAGACCGACCCCUUCAAGAAAGCCGUCUUGAACGGUCGCCAACUGGCCUUGAAGGUCAGUGCCAACAGUGUCUAUGGUUUGACUGGCGCUACAAACGGCAAACUUCCGUGUCUGGAGAUUGCCAGUAGUACAACAAGUUUCGGUCGGCAGAUGAUUGAAAAAACCAAGUCGGAGGUCGAGGCACGUUAUUGCAUUGCCAAUGGAUACUCGCACGAUGCGCAAGUCAUCUACGGUGAUACAGAUUCGGUCAUGGUCAAGUUCGGGACCAAAGAUCUCGCGGAAGCCAUGAAACUCGGUGAAGACGCGUCCCAGUACGUGUCGGCCAAGUUCAUCAAGCCCAUCAAACUUGAAUUCGAAAAAGUCUACUUCCCGUACCUACUCAUCAACAAGAAGCGCUAUGCCGGUCUCUACUGGACCAAGCCGGAGAAGUAUGACAAGAUGGACACGAAGGGAAUUGAAACUGUCCGGCGUGACAAUUGCCUGCUCGUCCAGACAGUCAUUGAAAAGGUGUUGAGGAUGAUUUUGAUCGACCGGGAUGUGCCUGGAGCACAAGACUAUGUCAAGGACACGAUUGCAGAACUCCUGCAAAACAAGAUUGACAUGUCCAAACUGGUCAUCACGAAAGCCUUGACCAAGGAUGAUUAUGCGGCAAAGCAGGCCCACGUUGAGCUGGCUCAGCGCAUGAAGAAGCGCGAUGCCGGCUCAGCGCCUGGUCUGGGUGACCGUGUGGCUUAUGUCAUGAUCAAAGGUGCUACAGGCUCCAAGAACUUCGAGCGGUCUGAAGAUCCAAUCUACGUACUUGAAAACAACGUCCCCAUCGACACCAAGUAUUACCUGGACAACCAGCUGGCCAAGCCGCUCGGCCGUAUUUUCGAGCCUAUCCUGGGCGAGACGAAGGCGAGGUCCCUGCUGACGGGUGAUCACACUCGGGCCAUCUCCGUUACGGCACCGUCGGUCGGCGGUCUCAUGAAAUUUGCAAAGAAGACACAGACUUGCAUGGGCUGCAAGAAGCCGCUGACAGGUAAAGAGGAGAGCGCUGGUGCCGUGUGCUCCGACGACGCCCCUCGUGUUGGCGAGCUGUACAAGAAGACACUGGACAAGGUUUCAGACCUGGAAGUCCGAUUCGGCAGGCUGUGGACGCAAUGCCAGAGGUGCCAGGGCAGCAUGCACGGUGAAGUUAUCUGCAGCGCGAAGGAUUGUCCCAUCUUCUACAUGCGGAUGAAGGCGAGAAAGGACUUGGAGGAUGCGAACAAGGAGCUAAAGCGAUUCGAUUUUGACCAGGCGGCACUGUGGUGA